CACUUAAAAUGCAUUUAAACAGCGUCUAUAUUACCGUGGGCACUACCAAAUUCGAUGCCCUUAUAUCGGCUGUUACUUCCGAGCCCGCUCUAAAAGCUCUGCACAACCGGAAAUGCACUAAACUCGUCAUUCAACACGGCAACUCGCAACCGUUAACGGAGGAGGAAAAACUACUGAUAAGCAAAAACUACGGAAUCCUGGUAGAGCAGUACAAAUUCCGGCCAAAUAUAGAGGAUAUAAAGUCCGCAGACCUCAUCAUUGGACAUGCGGGAGCGGGAACUUGCAUGGAUAUUUUGAAUAACCGAAAGCAUGGACUCAUUGUGAUUAAUGACACCCUCAUGGACAAUCACCAACUGGAACUGGCCAAGCAAUUGGCCUCUGAAAACUAUCUGUACUAUUGCAGAGUUACAGAUUUGGAUGCCCAGCUGACCUCUCUGGACUUUGAGGCCCUGAAACCCUACGAGACCCAACCAGAAAAUCUUAAAAAGUUUGUUUCCGCCAUCAAUGAACUUAUGUCGCAUUAAAAUCCCAUAAACAUUCCAAACAAACAAACCUUUUUUUAUAGCCAACCCCCUGUGGGGUUAGCUUUUGCUAUUUAUUUGAGUUUACAAGUAUAGUUAAUAAACACGAGAACGUCUAAGAACAUUAAA